UUCUUUCGUACAGAAUAAAAAAUGUAUUUUCGUGGAUUCUCCAUUGAGAUACUAGAAGAUGGGAAGCAGUUAAGAGAGUAUUUUCUUCAGGCAAAGAACACGAGGAUCAUAACAGGGAAAUCAUAUGUUGUUGACGGAGAAGCAAACGAGCGAAAAUAUAGUCCAGUCACAACUUAUGCUGUAGUAAAAGAGUCUGGAAAAAAAUUUGAAAUUAAAUACUCGGCAAAGAUAGCCAGUGAAGAUAAUCCAAUAAUCGCAAUUAUAUAUGUAGAUGGAACGAACGAUUAUAUACAUCAUGGAUUAACUUCACCGUCUCCUCAGAUCCUAAACUUUUUUGGGGAUUUUUCGAGAAAUAAAAGAUAUUUUUUCGAGUUUUCCGAAGUUCAAUCAUCUAUAUCCUCACCCAACUCAUGCAUAAGAACGAAACCAUUAUAUGGAGGGAUUGGAGCCGUUUCCAUAUAUUUUUAUGAAGGAUUAAGAGUGCCAAAAAAAUUGACGAGCAUACCCUACUAUGCUCUAAGUCAAUCAAAGAACAUUGAACCAAAAUUUAGGUCUGAAAUUAAUUUUACCACAAAAUUUAAUGAAAUGGUUGACGCGAAUAUUCCAGCUAUUCCUAAUGUUGAUAUGAUAAAACAAAGCAACGAUCCAAUUGCUGUUUUACAUAUUCAUUAUCGUUCCGAAUCUUGGUUAAUUUCUAUUGGAAUGCCAAUAAGAGAUUAUGAUAAUUCUUUAACUGAAUGUACGCCAAAUAAUAAUUCGUUUAAACCAAUUCCAACAGUGAAUGGAAAUGAAAUAUUACAAAGUGAGCAUGCUAAUAAUCAAUCUGCUACUGAUAAAAUGGAUAUUUCAUUGAUUAGUGGUCGAAUUCACCAAUUAAAUCAAUCUCUAAAUAAUUUAAUACAAUCUUUUAAAAAAAUGAAUGACAAUAUGAAUUCAAACAGUAAUGACGCCACGUCUGUGGAUGUCAUAGAAAUCCUAGACAAGGAGGAUGAUGAAGAAAAAGAAAUAAAUGAAAAAUGUAAUAAGCGUAAUGGGGAAAUUUCUAAAAAUGAUGACGAGGAUAAUAAUAGGAAUAAAAGACCCGGAGGAUUAAGGGAAAACGGCUUUAAAGUAAGGGAACAACCCAAGAGGAAGAGAAAACAACAUCAAAGAAAAUUGAGGAAAAGAAAACGACUAGCGAUAGCUAACGUUCCGGAAGAAAAAGUAAUAGAGAAAGAAUCGAGAACGGAAAUCGUUAAAAAAGAAAGACAAGAAAUUUUGGACCUUGAAAACCCAGCGACAACGAAGUCUCCGAAAUACAAAGAAUAUAUAAGGCGCGAAUAUCAUACUUCCGAUUAUAUAGAGUUUGAUGAUGAACAAGAUCAAAUUUUAAAACAGAAAACUUAUUGUAUUGAAAAAAUGAUAAUUGAUUUGGAGGAUACCGAAGAUGAAUGAUAGGAUGGAUAUAUAGGGACUUUGGAUGUAUAUAAUCUUGCAUAAAAGUUGAUUUAAUCGUAUAGUAUAAUGAGUUUAUAUACAAAGGUUUUUAAUAUUUGAAAUAUACUCAUUAACUC